AUGGAAAUGAAAGAAAAGAUGAUUGAAAAUGACCCUACGGCACCACCGCCGUACGAAGCGCAAGCCUCGAGCUCCUCCACAGUCCAAGAAGGAACCACUGGCGCCCCUUCUUCGUCAUCCUCGUGGCCCACGGAUGAGAAACAACAGCAACAGCAACAGCAGCCUCACCAACAAUUCGAUCAACAGGCUUCCUGGGAUAAAGACCCCCAUUCUUACCACACGGUCGACCGGAAACUCGAGUACUGCUGCACCACAUCCAAAUGCACCAACGACGGCUUUGUCUGUGCCGCGUACGUGAGCAGCGACUCCAAGAAGAAAUACGACAAGUCGAAAACGUACACCGAUGACGAACUCAGGGUGUUGCAGCAGAAUGGGAUAGCCAUAACGCUUCUCAAGUGGCUCUGCGACAAGCGAGUCGAUGACCAUUUGCUCAUGGAAAUUUACACUUUUAUCCCGCCCCAGUUUGGCACACAAGAUUUCGAAAACGAAUACAAGUUGUUUGGAACCGUCAAGCGUUACUGCUACCCUUGGUACGACUGCUUUGUUUUCCAAAUUUACCCCGACCCAACACGUCCUGACCAGCACCAAAUUUCCUUCAACUUGUUCAGUCACGCCGUGCACCCAAUAAGCGACUAUAUCUAUAACGGCGAGAGACACAGAUGGGUAGAUGAAGAGAAAUAUAAUGCUUCUUUUAUGUAUCACCAACAUCACCACCACCAUCGUAAGAGAUCGAUGGGGUUGUUUAGAUCGAAACCAGAGUACGAGUUCCAGCAUACGUUACUUCGACACGACCAGCCGUCAUUGACCGAUUUCUGGAACGGCCGAGACAAUUAUCUAGAAAUGGACUCGUCGAGCCCCUUGUUGAACCCAGCACCGGGGAAAAAGGGCACUAUGCUUGGUGACUUUUACGGCUGGCAAGAUUUUGGCAAGUUGACGGUGAAACUGGGCAGAUGUCCCGUGUUGACUAUACGUGACACGCAAGCACGCAGCGAUUUGGACCCCGAGUGUGUCAUGUCUGUUGGUACUGAUGCUUUGGUUUCUGCUUGUAUUUCCAAAGUCUUGUUGCAUCAGAAAAUCCGACUUGGGGAUGACCCGCAGCGUGACUUCCAAUUGAGCCAAUUGAAUCAUCGUGCUUGA